AUGGACAUUGGCUUCGAAAAUAUUGCAGCCUAUAACAAACUCGACGAAGGCUUCUCAGCGCACGACACCAUCAACUGUACAAUUAAUGGCGCACGCUUCUGGACCAACGACAACGGCUUUGCCAACGUUAAUAGCUGUGUCACCAGUGCCACCAAUCUCCUUAUCCACGAUAACAUCGGCUAUGGCCUCUGGUUAUCUGAUAAUACCACCAGCAACCUAACUAACAUCCGCGUCUGGAACAAUGGUGCCGUUCAAAUCCGUUUGGACAACCGCGCAGCAGGCACGGCUACCAGAGUCUCUGCGUGGACAACUGCCUGGAAUACACCACCGUGGCGACGUUACAAGGAAUCUAUAACCUUUAAAACUUCGAUAGCACUCGGAGGCAACGCUGCUUACACACCAGUGCCAUUCUGGACCGGUUCACUGGAAAUCGUCACUGUACCUGCCGCCCCCCGUACCUAUCAACCCAACGAACACCACUCCUGUGCCCGCCGCAACAACGUUGAUUCAAAACGCCGUUACCACCGGUCGCCCACUUGUAGUUCUUCCAGCUGGUAUCCAUCGACUCACGGAUCAAAUUGGCAUUAA